AUGCCUGAUAAUGACAUUGUAGCACCACCACCGAAGGAAGAAAUCAAAAAACCUGAUCCUCCGAAGGAUGCUAAUUCAGCUAAAGGAUUUCAAUGGUGGAGACGAACAUUUCAAUAUAAGACUGGUUUAGGUCUAACACCCGAGGAGAAAAAACAAUACGAGAACGAUUAUCAAUAUAUUCUUCAACGUCAACAAUGUCAAACUUGCUACGAAUACAGAGAUUGGAUGCUUAAAUACUCCCCAACGGUUAGAUUUAUGGCACAACAAAUUUCGAAAUUAAACUCAAAAAGUAAUAAUGGGGACACAUUACCAUUUGACGAAUCAAAAAUAAUUUGUGACGUAUGUCCGGACUGGAAAAGUGGUGGAUUUCAUCCAGAGCUUGGCAUCUUGAUCUGUCAGAAUAGGUUACGUGAUAAAUGGCAUCUGGAAGAUACAUUGGCUCACGAAAUGGUUCAUUAUUUUGAUAAUCUAAAGUGGCAGGUGGAUUGGUUGAACUUGAAGCAUCAUGCUUGUUCUGAAAUCAGGGCUUCUUCAUUGAGCGGUGAAUGCCGAUUUUCUCAAGAAUUUGCAAGAAGAGGAUUUGGCUUUGGAUUAAAUAGAGGCCACCAGGAAUGUGUGAAGAGAAGAGCUACCCUGAGUGUGAUGGGCAAUCCCAACUGCAAAGACGAAAAGCAGGCAAAAAAAGUUGUCGCCGAAGUUUGGGAUAGUUGCUUCAAUGAUACGCGUCCAUUCGAAGAGAUAUACAGGUAA